ACGCGGCCACGCCGGGCGCCCCCCGAGCCCCAACACGCCCCGCGGCCAGCGGCAGGCUGCGAGGGCGGGUGCGCGCCCUGAUGCGGGACUUCCCGCUCGUGGACGGCCACAACAAUCUGCCCGCGCUCUUGAGGCAGCUGUACCACAGCCAGCUGGAGGAGGUCAACCUGCGCAAUUUCCACCAAGGCCACACCAGCCUGAACCGCCUGAGAGACGGCCUCGUGGGCGCCCAGUUCUGGUCAGCCUACACUCCGUGUGAGACCCAGGAGCGCGACUCUGUGCGCCUUACCCUGGAGCAGAUCGACAUCAUCCGCCGCAUGUGCGACUCCUACUUAGAGCUGGAGCUGGUGACAUCGGUCCAGGCCCUGAAGAAUUCUUCCAAGCUGGCCUGCCUCAUCAGCGUGGACGGCGGCCACUCACUGGACAGCAGCCUUGCCAUGCUGCGCACCUUUUACCAGCUGGGCGUGCGCUCCUUGACGCUCACACACACCUGCAGCACGCCCUGGGCUGAGAGCUCCACGAAGGACACCCACCCCUUCAACUUCAACGUCAGUGGGCUGACCAGCUUCGGCGAGAAGGUGGUGUUGGAAAUGAACCGUCUGGGCAUGAUAGUGGACCUGACCCACGCCUCGCCUGCCACAGCCCAGCAGGCCCUGGAAGUGUCUCAGGCACCUGUGAUCUUCUCCCACUCGGCUUCCUGGGCUGUGUGCAAGGACGCCCAGAACAUUCCGAAUGAUAUCUUGCUGCUCCUGAAGAAGAAUGGUGGCAUCGUGAUGAUGUCUUUGUCCGGGGGGGUGCUGACCUGCAACAAGUUAGCCAACGUGUCCACUGUGGCAGCUCACUUCGACUACAUCCGGGCGGUGAUAGGCUCCGAGUACAUUGGGAUCGGCGCAGACUAUGAUGGGACAGAGCGGUUCCCCCAGGGGCUGGAGGACGUGUCCACGUACCCGGUUCUGAUAGAGGAGCUGCUGAGACGCGGCUGGAGUGAGGAGGAGCUCCAGGGCGUCCUUCGAGGAAACCUGCUGCGGGUCUUCAGCCAGGUGGAACAGGUACGUGACGAAAAGGGUUUACAAGGACCUCUGGAGGACGAGUUCCCGGAUACUCAGCUGAGCAGCACCUGUCGCUCUGUCCUUGGGAGGCAGCAGCUGUCUAUGGAGCUCACCACUCUUUCAGGGCUUCCAAACGUCACUGUAGCCACAAAGAAGCCAUCCUCCAGCUCUCCCCCCACCGUGGCCCUCAGCUUCCCCGUUCUAGCUGCCUUCCCCAACCUCAUUCUGUGGCUCCAGUAG